CACAAAGGGAGAGACGGAGAAGAACCCUCCGGAGAUAUCGCUAUCUUAUUCAAUUACAAGCGGCGGAUCGUCCACCUAUGUAUUGUGUGCUGGACGCAAAUGUGCCGGUACUACGGCUGUGGUUUGAUGGAGAGACCGACACAAAGACCGACUACCGCCUCACACGGGACGCUAUGCGCAGCUUGCAAAGGCUGCUUCGUAGACAGCAAGACCACGGCUGGGGGAGCGAACUUGAGGUUCUUGUGUACACCUACUGGUUGGCACAUGGCCUGUCCUACCGGGUGGUGUCAAGAGUUUUUAAUGUCCCAAAGCCAACUAUUUUUCGAAUAGUGCACAGGGUGGCAGAUGGCAUAUUUUACAACUUGAAGAAAGCCAUCUCAUUUCCAGAGAACCUAGCUGCUGUCGGGCAGAAAUUUGUGGCUUUGUCUGGGACCCCUGCAUUUCAUAAUGUAGUCGGGGCCAUAGAUGGCUGCCAUAUCAGAGUGAAACCACCGGCACAACACCGCCUGGAUUACCUAAACUACAAAGGGUUUUACUCGAUUAACAUGCAGGCCAUAUGCGAUGCAGAGGGAAGAUUUCUGGACAUUUUUGUCGGCUAUCCCGGGUCAGUUCAUGACACCCGGGUCAUGAAGAAUAGCCCUUUUUAUUUGACAGCAAGAUACCCCCCACCUGGAUUUUUUAUUUUUGGUGAUGGUGGGUACACCUGCCUUGAGACACCUAUUCCCCUAUUGACACCAUAUAAAGAGCCAGUGCGGGGACCAAUUCAGCAGUGCUUUAAUUACCGGCAUGCCAAGGCACGCACUGUAAUUGAACGGGCGUUUGGGAUCAUGAAGACCAGAUGGAGGUCAACCCUUUUCCGGGCACUGGAGGUGGCCCCGGCCUUUGCCACAAAAGUGAUAUGUACUUGUGCAUUCCUCCACAAUGUCUGCCUUGACAAUGGGGACACAUUAGAACCCGAUGAGGACAUGCUGGAUGACAAUGUUGACCCUGAGCCCCCCCACGAUCCUGAGCCCGAAGCCUCAGGAAAUGCCCUCAGGGACGCACUGGCUGCCAGGGUGUAUGGGGCUGUUGUUUGAUUCAUUACUUUCUUUUUCUUCUUGUUGUUAAAUAAAUAUUGAGACAUUGCACAUGUGAACCCCUCAAAUUGUUGUUCUUUCAUAACAUAUUGUUAACUUAAGUACAGCAUUAGGUACUUCUGAA